GGACGGCCCAGCGAAACAAGUAGUAUUAAACUCCACUCCAUAAACCCUAAUCACCCUCUCUUCCCACAUUUCUAGGGUUUCUUCAUCGCAGUCGAAGUCGGGUUCUCGCUCCUCAACCAACCAACCAUGGUCGCCGGCACCAAAAAAACCAAGAGGACUCAUGAGAGCAUUAACAGUCGGCUCGCUCUGGUUAUGAAGAGCGGGAAGUACACCUUGGGAUCCAAGACUGUUCUGGAGACUCUCAGGAACUCCAAAGCAAAGUUGGUUAUCAUUGCCAACAACUGCCCUCCUCUUCGGAAGUCUGAGAUAGAGUACUAUGCCAUGUUGGCGAAGGUUGGAGUUCACCACUACAAUGGAAAUAAUGUGGACCUAGGGACUGCUUGUGGCAAAUAUUUCAGGGUUUGCUGCCUAAGCGUAAUCGACCCUGGUGAUUCUGACAUUAUUAAGAGUAUGCCAACUGAUCAUUGAGGAAACCUUGGGUAGUGAAUUUCGGUCAUGGAAAAGUUUUGGUCUGUUUGUCACUGUGUUAUUUGCUGUUUUUUCUCUAGAAGAAGUCUGAUUAAUGAGAGGAUGCUUUGCUCUUUUGUAAUUGUUGUGGUUUUAAGCCGCACAUCUUUAUUUGAGACCCCGCUGUAUUGCUUUUGACCUUUGUUAUUCUCAGUUUUGAGUACUCUACUCUCUUUUUCUUUCA